AGAAUGAUGAGCUUAAGGAUAAGAAUACUGAAAUCCCUGAACUUAGAAGGAAGUUCGCUGAGAUUGAGGCUGAGAGAGCUGAACUUUUAAGGCCAGAAUUGCUGAGCUUUUAAAACAGGGUGUGGAAGAAAAUAAGAGGCGUGAUGCUGAGAAUGCCGAGCUCAAGGUCAGAAUCAUAGAGUUAGAGAAAAAUAAGACAGUUACCACUAAACUCGAGUCUGAAAAUGCUGAGUUUAGAGAUAGAAUCACGAAAGUGGAACAGAGACAGAUGCAAAAUGAUAAUGUUACCAUAACCAAUUCUUCUAACAACAGUAACAACAGUUCAUCUAACUUCAAUUUUGUUGCAGAGGAUCGCGGGAAAUCAUUGGCGGAUGAGAAAAUGGAUGGUUCCUUUUAUGAAAAGGUUUGCUUUAACAAAGAAGAACAGAUGCCAGAGGUAUCACCUGCCAACGUACCUGACUCAGACAUAGCUCAGCUCAAACAUCAUGCACCUGUUUGUGAAGCUGUACCAGAGAUAACAGUACCUGUCAGCCCUUCACUUUGCGAAGAUGAUAAAAAGACCGAUGAAUUCUUAGACUUGGUGCAAAAGAAAAGUGUUAGUGAUAGGAUAAGGCAACGCAAUAAGGAGAAGAAAAUUCAGCGUGAGUCAGUUAACCAGGACGUCACCUCCAAACCUGCGUACGUAGCAGAAACAGAUAGUGACGAUGACAACUCAUAAGAGCCAAGCGAUCGGAGCAUUUUGGAAAAAUCGGAAAUUUCUGGAAAUUUUGCGAAUAAAAUUCACAAUUUUCAUGAUCAAAAUAUUGACAAAUCUAUAGAGGAUAACCAGUUGGACUGUAAUUUAUCCAAAAAUGAUUCAUCUGGAGAUGACGAUUUCACUGUUCCUUCCGAGCAGGCACUGGAACGUGACUUGAUGCAACAAUUAUCUCUCCCAUCCACUAGUAUAGACACAGAAAUUCUGCUCACCCCGCCAGUAAUCGAUAAAAAACAGCAAUUUUCUGUUACAGCAGAGUGUAUAGUCUAUAUGUUUCGAAAAGCUGUUCGCUCUGGUUAUGA